CCACUGCUUCCCAGUACAAGUUUCCACCUAAGUGGUGCUUCUGAGCCCCCAGCUGGCCAAGCAGCUUCCACGGGUGGUUCUUUAGGAUUCAGGAGCUCGUGGAACAACUUAAAGGAAUACCAGACACAAAUGGCUUUGACUGAAAGGGUCUGUACGAUUGUUUUCUUGGAAGAAAGCAUAAAGUAGCUGAAACCUAUUCAAGAAGAAGAAUUUGGCUCAAAAAAGACACAUUUUUAUAACUUUGGCUAAUAUCCCAAACUUUUAUAGCUUUGGCUAAUAUCCCAAACUAAAACUGUUUGGAUGGCUUGUAUUUUUUUUCUGAGUGGCAGGAAGAAUGAAGAGUAAUAUGGUUAAAACGGAUUUCCUUCCACAGUGAUAUGAAAGGUGAAUAUUUCAUUUGUUUUAAAUCAAGUCAUCCUGCUGUCAUGGUAGAAAUCUCAAAGGCUCAGCCUUGUAGAAGGAUUUAAAAGCAGCACUUCAGCAAUAAUCGGAUUAGAAGGACUUGCAUAGCUCCAUGGUAUAAAAAAGAGAUAAAAGAAACCAGAGUCCCAACUUGCCACAAAGCAAGGCAGUGAGUUGUGGGGUGCAGAAUCAACCCACAGUUCUGAGGCAGUGAUUUUGACAUUCACCUGGAGCAGGGAUGCCUGCAGACUUCAAUGGGUACUGGAAAAUGGUCAGCAAUGACAAUUUUGAGGAGUAUCUGAAAGCACUGGAUGUAAAUGUUGCUGUAAGAAAAAUAGCAAACUUGCUAAAGCCUGACAAAGAAAUCCUUCAGAACGGAGAUCAUAUGAUCAUUAAAACACUAAGCACUUUUAGAAACUACAUCAUGGAAUUUGAUGUAGGAAAGGAGUUUGAGGAGGAUUUAUCUGGGGUGGAUGAUCGCAAGUGCAUGACCACCGUGUCUUGGGAUGGAGAUAAGCUGCUCUGUGUGCAGAAUGGAGAGAAGGAGGGCCGUGGUUGGACCCAGUGGAUUGAAGGAGAUGAAAUGCACCUGGAAAUAAGAGUGUGUGGAGUCACAUGUAAGCAGGUCUUUAAGAAGGUGCAGUGAGCUUCUGCUGCUACAGGAGUGAAAAACAACAGAACAACAGAAUUUACUGACUUGCCAGCAACUCUCCAAACGUUAGCACUGAGCAUCCUCAGCAACAAGAGCAAACACAGAAAUGAAGAU